AUGACCAUGAACAGCUUGCGAAGAAGAAAAAGAAUAAGUCAUUUGGUUUUCCUGUUUUUCGUUUGGCCGGUCAAAGUCCAGCUUUCGCUUGAAAGAGAUACUCCAUCUCCAAGCAACGUGUUUUCGGAGUCUGAAUACUUGGUGUCUCCAAAUAAGUUGUUCUGGUCAAUGUUCUUCAAUCCUGAGAAUUCAAGUAAUCGCUACUUGGGAAUCCAACACAUGCACACAGAAAUGAAGAUAAUUUGGGUGGCCAACCGAGAGAACCCUUUCAUUGAUAUUGAUGGCUACAGCCAUUGCUUUCUGAAUAUUACUGAAGAUGGAAGCUUGGUACUUAGUGAUGGCAACGCAACUUCUAUCACCAUUAAUUCUGAAAGCCCAGCACCAAGUUCUAACACAAGUGCCACACGUCUUAACACAGGGAAUUUCGUUUUGAGAGCGGAAGAAGAGGUGGUAUGGCAGAGUUUUGAUUAUCCUACUGAUACAAUUCUACCUGGCAUGAAGUUGGGACUGUUUGACCAGAACCUGAAGCAGAACAAGACCAGAAAGUAUUUUCUCACUUCAUGGGAUGGUCCAGGACAUCCGGCAUCUAGGAUAUUCACUCUUGGAAUCGAUCCAAACAACACAGAUCAACUUGUGAUUUGGCGAAGGGACAUUCCUUACAGGCAUAGUGGGAAGUGGAAUGGUAAAACUUUUAGCAACUUCCAUAAUAUAAAGAAUUAUGAUGGAAUCCAAUUCAGCUAUAUCCCAAAUAGGAGUGAGAGCUACUUUGCAUAUAAUGUCCAUACUCAUUAUAGCUCAUCGUGGAUCUAG